UCUCAAGCCCGCCCCACGGCCCUUCUUUCCCGGUUCCUCUCGAAACCUGGUCCAGGCACCACGCCCCCUUCUCAUUGACUAGUGACCGCUCCUUUUACGGUCCUGGCUCCCCUUUUUGGUGACCUUUGAUCCUAGUUCUAGUGGGGAUGAUGGGUUUGAUUCUGUGACCUUUCACUCCUUGGCCCAGUAUGUGGUCCCAACCAAAGGAUGUGGUUGACCUCCCCUUCCUGCUUCUCCACGAUAACCUCAUGGGAGGAGGGAGUGUACCACACUGAAAGGAGUGUUGACCUGCAGCAGCAAAUUAUGACUAUUGUAGAUGAACUGGGCAAGGCUUCUGCUAAGGCCCAGCAUCUUCCUGCUCCCAUCACCAGUGCAUCAAGGAUGCAGAGUAACCGCCACGUUAUGUAUGUACUGAAAGAUACUUCAGCUCGACCGGCAGGAAAAGGAGCCAUUGUUGGCUUCCUUAAAGUUGGAUACAAGAAACUCUUUGUACUGGAUGAUCGUGAGGCUCACAAUGAGGUAGAACCACUGUGCAUCUUGGACUUUUACAUCCACGAGUCACUUCAGCGCCACGGCCAUGGGCGAGAACUCUUCCAGUAUAUGCUACAGAAGGAGCGAGUUGAACCACACCAACUGGCCAUUGACCGACCUUCACAGAAGCUGUUGAAGUUCUUGAAUAAGCACUACAAUCUGGAGACCACAGUCCCACAGGUGAACAACUUUGUGAUCUUCGAAGGCUUCUUUGCGCAUCAGCAUCCUCCAGCGAGGAAGCUGCCACCCAAGAGAGCAGAGGGAGACAUAAAGCCAUACUCUUCUAGUGACCGAGAGUUUCUGAAGGUAGCAGUGGAACCUCCUUGGCCCCUAAACCGGGCCCCUCGCCGUGCAACGCCUCCAGCCCACCCACCCCCUCGCUCCAGCAGCCUGGGAAACUCACCAGAACGGGGUCCCCUCCGCCCCUUUGUGCCAGAGCAGGAGCUGCUGCGUUCCCUGCGUCUCUGCCCCCCACACCCCACCGCCCGCCUGCUGCUCGCCACAGACCCCGGGGGCAGCCCGGCCCAACGUCGCCGCACCAGGUAAUAGGAGCCACAGGGUUAGGGAACCUCACGAUUGUUAGGGUUAGGGUUAGGGUUAGGGCAAUUUCAAUCCAUCAGAGACCUGAAGCAAUAGGACAGGAGGAUUGGAGAGUCCUGAAACCUUUCGAGAAGAAUAUAUUAGAAAGUAUGUGGGCGUGGCCUGGAACUUACAGUGAAGGUGCAGAAUAGGACUGUCUGGGGUCUGGGAACCCUGGUUUAAGUGCGAGUUGGGAGGAAGGGUCAGAAGAAGCCAGAUCCAUUGGGCAGGGGGAACUGAGCCUCUAAGAUUGGGGAAAUCGUGGUUUGGCGCUUGCUGGGAGGGGGCAAUAUCUCUGGCACAGUUUCGGGAGCCACAGCCCCAGGUCAGCGUCUUGUGUGGCAGGAGCUCAUCCUGGCAGGCAGAGAGUGGGCCUCUCCUUAAUUCUCUCCCCGGCUUUCUCUUCACCUCUGACCUCUUUCUGUUUUUCUCUCUCCCCCAUUUUCCCUCUCCCCUUCUCCUGUCCAUAACAUCCUUCCACAGCUCCCUUCCCCGCUCUGAUGAGAGUCGAUACUGACAGACAACUAACCCCUCCCCUCCCUGGGGUACCUGGUGAGGGCAGAGACCCCUCUCCCUGAGAACCCCGAAUGUGCUCUCCCAUGCCUCCCCAGCAUCUAGAGGAACCUGACAGCCCUUAGGAUUCCCUCUUCCCCUUCCUUAGACAACUGGGUUGUUAGGGUCCCAGAUGGCCUAAUACUUUGUAGAUUUUCUUACCAUAGAAAGCACUCUUUCUCUCCUAACUUGGGCUCUGAACACCCUCCCACGGACAGCCUGAUUCGCUGCCAGACCUCUUGGUUGGGCGGCUCAUACUAAUUAUCCAGAGAAGCACACUCUUGCUCUUGCUUGCUGUCAGAUUCUAGAACACCAUGGAAGGUCCAAGGGCCGCCUCUGCCAAGGAAACCUUUUAAAGAGUCUUGUCCAUGGAAUAAAUCCCACAGUCCCUCUACACUGUCUGCUGGUAGCUCUAAUACUGCUCUCUCCUGCCGACCACACCUACCCUGUCGGCCUGCUGAGCAACCAGUGAAUGAGCUCUGCUUCAGAGCAGUGCAGUCGAGCAGGACAGGGACUUCCCAGCUCCCCAGAAGGAUCCACUCAGCAUUGCCAAACUCUUCAUUUCCACGUUUCAUGUAUGUCUAUGUCAGGGAACCCCCGAGCUGAUGUCUGUUUUGGGGCUCUAAAGACUCACCACACUUCUACAGACACCACCAUUUCCCCACAUCCAGGUUCUGUGAGGGAGUUUGUUUCUUGGCAGUAGAUCCAGCAAGCACCCUAGUUCACUGUUAGUCAAGUUUCAGAAGCUAAGCCUGAGUUUCAAGGAUCUAUGAGCUCCUGGAAUAACCUCUCACAUCCCUCCCUCCCCAGUAGCUAGAUGCUGAUAGAUUCCUGUCUUGUGAGAUUGUCUUGAGAUGAUGGGGGAACUCUUCCUCUGGCCUUCCUUUUUUCUUUCCUCAAUAGCAAGAACCUUUGUCCCUGCUCUGUACCCAGGGAAUGGAACAUCCUCCCCACUCCCUGCCCUCUGAAUGUGUGCUAGAUCAGGUGCCCCUACUGUGUUCCCCAAAAUCCUUGGGAGCAGGAUCUCCCUCUCUUCCGACUCACUCCUUUUUCUUCUCCCUCUCAGUGUUGUCUGAAUAAAGUGUGAAUUCGUUUGUGUUUUUAAAUGGACAUUUUCAAUGAAAAAAACUACAAAAAAAAAAACCUUAAGGUCUCAGCCUCAUUUGUGCGUCACCCCUUAUCUUCCUAGGAUCUGAAGACCUCUGUCCCUCUCUCUUCCUCACCUCUGAGAUCUGCAGAUCUUCCAGCAAGGAGUCUUAGAGCUCCCCUUGCAGGAUCUGGUGUCUGCCCGUCCCCAUCUUCAUUGCUGGAUCUUCUGCAGAUUCUGUCUCCACUCAUGUAGUCACUGGAUCCAUCCGUGUAGGCUUCUAUACCUACUCCUCUAUCUCUCCAGAAACCUCCAACUCUCCCUAGUAACUUCUACCCUUCACCCAAGGCCAACUCUUGUUGAGAUGUCAAGAUUCCCCAACAUCUCUGGGAUCCACUAAUUGCAUCCUGAUAACAAUCCCCUAAUUGUUCCCCAGAUUCCUCUUCCUGCUCUGAUUUCCUCAAGUCUCCCCCACUAAACCCUUGGAUCUCUCUCUCAAGACAAUCCUUUUCCUCCUAAAUUCAGCCUUGCCAUUCCUGAUUUCCCUCUGGCUGGGGUAUCCUAUAGUUAAGGUAACCAUGUUUUCCAAACCAAACAUCAGAGCACCUGGUCCAACAAAAAAAAA